AUGGAAAAGGUACAAAAACUGUCAAUAACCGAAGAAGAGACUGAGCCCAUUUGUUGUGCUGUGCGAAGAAGUGACAUCCAGGCACUGGCAAUUAAGGAGGAGGACCUGGAGAAACUCCAUGCUCUACACCCUCCCCAUGAUCCUGGGAGCAUUCCAGUUACAACGAAAUACCUCGUUCGAAAAUCUCAACCGAAAGAGACAAAGAAAGUGUCACAUGUUCUCGUGGCAUGUUCUGCUUCCCCAAGGACACCCAGGGAACCACUGACUUUUUCAGGUAGGGUUAAACUUCACAUCUUCUCUUUGGGGUCAAGACCAUUUGGUGAUGGGUGUGCAAAGAUUCUCCCCCAUCACAUUUUGGGAAGUCCACAGGAGUUCAAGAUGGAAGCCUUGGCCAGAGGAAACACUCAGUUAGCAGACCUUAUUGAGGUUCCUCAUCAGUAUGUUACUGCACCAGCUUUGAAAGAGGAACGUGGAGGAGAGAAGAAGAAAAAGGUUCAUAAGACCCCAUCAGCACAGCAAAAAGCUCUCCAGAACUGGCACUGUAAUAUGACAGUCAGGAAAAAGCAGGAGAAGCAUCUAGGAGAAAUUCUUCAGAGGCCAGAGGAUGAAUUACUGAUGAACUACUCGGAGGAUUACAGGCAAAUCCAGGAAGAACAUGACCUCAUUUACCGAAGUCUCCCUACCCUGCUUCCUGGAAAGGAUCUGGAUGGACUGGAGGUGAUUGGUAAAGGGCAGCCUUUCAGAUCUGUCACAGCAGAGCCUUUUCCACGUUCCACCACUUCUGAAGAGUCUGAGACCCUCAGUGACUCCUUAGGGAAGGAUGUGGUUCCUGUGGUUCCAGAAGAAGUACAAGGUCCGUCGUUAGUUUUCUGUGGCCAGCCUGCUCGUUGGAUCAAUGACGCCACUUCUUGCAGGGGUGAAAUUGGCAUUGCUGCCCGGAUCACCUUUGAGACUUUGGCUGGUGAGAAAGCUAAAAGCUCCCUCACUGUGAGCAAUAAUGGCACAACUGCCAUCUACUAUAACUGGGUGAGGCUUCCCCACCAGAUUCCCUCCAGAGAAACCAAGGGGUUGAGGAUGCUGGUUUUUUACUUUGAUACAAGACCAGGUGUAAUUUUGCCUAGAGAAACUAGGGAGUUUUCCUUUCUUUUCAAGUCAGAGAAAGCAGGCAUUUUCAGCGAGUCCUGGGCAUUUAGGACACAUCCUGAAUUAUUAGGAGGAGCUUUGCUGCAGGUGACCCUUUGGGCAGUUGCUGUGUAUGAGGAUAAAUGGGUUGACCUCAGAGAGAAGCUGGAGAGUGACCUGGCUGCUCGAGAAAAAGCUACUAUAGUAGAAGAGUGUGUGAAAGAACUUCUUGUCCGAAUUCGGACCCCAGAGCGCACCCCAUCUCCUGUGGAUGCCUAUGUCACAGAGGAAGAGUUGUUCCACCGGAAGAAUCCUGAGCUGCAUUAUCAGCAUCGAGUGGUACAACAGGUGCAUGAACUGUGGAGACAGCACAUAGCUGUUCCUUCAGCCUUUGAGGACGAAGUGCCCUCAGGCCGGAAGAGCACUGCAGAGGAUGUGCAGUAUCGGGGGAGUGCCUCAGAGGCUCCCCCCUCUCAGAGCAGCACCACGGAAGUCUUCAGUUGGAAGAACACACUUGAGGAGUCUCCAAGUCAAAUGAUGAACGUGAAGAAGGAAGAACCAGGCCCCUCAGGAUGGAACCUGUCCUUCGAGGACUUUAAGCAGGCUAUAAAGUCAAUCCCCAACAAGGAGCAGCAAGAAGCAGCACUGAGCCAGCUCAAUAAGGCAGUACUGGAGCUGCGUGUUAAACAGAGGCCAACUCCGACAAAUCUCUUGUAUCAAAUCGGGCUCCAGUUGUUGCGUGAAACAAUUGAUUGUAUGGUGAGCUGCUCUAUGAGGCUGAGAUCCCAGUUGGGCUUGCCUGAGAAUACCACCUAUGUAGAUGAUGUUCCAGAGGAAACAGGUAAAUACAUGGUAGUUUUAGCACAGCAGCCAGUUUCUGAAGGCAGAAAAAACAGUAGCAAAGAAGGGAGAAGGUCCAUUGUUGGUAAGGAUAAAGAAGGCAAAAAAAGAACAAAGACAGCUGGGAAAGAGCAAGAGGAACGUCAAAGCAGCAGAAAGUUAAAAGAAGAGAGAAAGAGGAGAUCUUCCACUUCAUCACAGGAGGGGAAAGAGGGAGCAAAGCCUGUGGAAGAAGUAACUACAGAGAGAGCAGAACAUCUCCGGGAGCAGGUGGACCCUAUUUUGUUCAGGAAAUACCAGGAAAACCUUUAUGUUGAAGUUUAUGGGCUGCUGGGUUCAAUGGUGAGCAAAAUGGCUGCUUUAUUUGCAGACCUAAAGAAACAAGAUGCUCUCAAGUAG